CAAACAACAACCAUGAUGAUGAUGAUGAUGAUGAUGCGACCUUGUUGUUCUCUCCCUUCCACUUGGUGGCUUGUGGUGGUGGUGCUUGCUGCAGCUUGCUGCGCCGCCACCCCUACCGCUGCUGCCGUUCCUGCCGCUGCCCCUGCGGAAGCUGCUGACCCGUCUGUGGUGAACGUUGGGCAGUUUGUUGUGUCCUUGGACGAGGAUGGCGUGCUCUCCGCUGUGCGCAACCCUGCGCAGAUGCCAAACCCACACCUGGCCUGGCACAGCACCGGCGAGAUUCUGGAGGUGGCUGCCUCCAAGAUGUACCUGCACGGGCGCGACGGCAUGUUUGAGACCAAGGACGACGCCGUCGUGUGCUCGUCCAACUCGUUCAAGUUCACUUCUUUAGUCGGAGGCAGCGUCGGCGCCAUCGCCAAGGGCCUGCUGAUGAUGGGUGGUGACGGCUGCCCGUCAACCCAAGCCAUUGAGGCCACUUGGAACCUGAACACGGCUGACUUCGACAGCAACUCCCUCGCCGUGUCUGUAACCUUGAACGACACGCGCAUGUGCACGCAGGGCCAGGGUGUGACGUCCUGCCGCUUCACGUUGCACUCUGGCGUUCGCCCCAUGGAUGCGGUGUAUGGGUUUGGCGUGCAAUACAGCGUGUGGAACAUGAAGGGCCGCGUGGUGCCCAUCAUCGUGUCGGAACAAGGCGUCGGCCGUGGCCUGGAGCCCCUCACCUCCCUUCUCGACCUUGUAUCGUUCAAACAGGGCGGCAACUGGCACACAACGUAUGGAGCCAUCCCCUACUACAUGACCAGCAACUCAACGUCGUUUUUCCUCAACCACACGGAAUAUUCCGUGUUUGAUCUCACUGCUGCAGACACCAUCGUCUCCACCGUCUACGCCAACAGUCUCAACUUUGUCGUGAGCGCAGAGAACACGCCACUCGCUCUCGUCUCGGAGUUUACUUUCUUCACAGGCCGAAUGCGCCCGCUCCCAGACUGGAUCUUGCAGGGUCCGAUCAUCGGGUUCUAUGGCGGCACGGAUGCUGUGCGGGCGCUGCACUCGAACAUCACUUCCCUCGGCAUCAUGAAUGUCACAGGUUACUGGCUUCAAGAUUGGACUGGUCUCAGGGACACCAUCACUGGCGAGCGGCUGUGGUGGAACUGGGAGCUGGACGAUCAGCUGUACCACGGGUGGUCGGAGCUCGUGUCUGAUCUGGCAAAGGACGGCACACGACUCAUGACGUAUGUCAACCCAUACCUCGCCAACACCGUGACCAAGCACAAAAAGCACUUCCAUCGCGACCUGUUCAAGGAGGCGGCAGCACAGGGAUUUCUCGUCAAGAACAGCAAGGGCGAUCCGUACAUUGAUCACAGCGCGAGUCCCGACUUUACGUUUGGAACUGUCGAUCUCUCAAAUCCGGCAGCCGUCAACUGGUUCUCAAAUGUCAUCCAGCACAACAUGAUCGAGGCAAACCACAGCGGAUGGAUGUCUGACUUUGGGGAGUAUCUUCCCUUUGACGCCAAGUUGCACACGAGUGAUCCUUCGUCCUUCCACAACGCAUUUCCGCUCGCGUGGGCCGACACCAACAGACGCGCACUCGAUGCAAAGAAUGCGUCUGACGUUGUGUUCUUCUCGCGGUCCUCCACGUUUGGCAGUCCCGCUCGCUCAACGCUCUUCUGGCUGGGCGACCAACUCGUCACAUUCGACAACUUCGAUGGCCUGCAGACGGUCCUGAUUGGUCGAAUGACAGCUGGGCUCUGUGGCCAUUCGCUGAGCCACGCAGAUGUUGGCGGCUACACGAUGGUGAAGGAGCUUGGCGUCAAGUACUUGCGCUCGAAGGAGCUUCUGUAUCGGUGGAUGGACGUUGCCGCUGUCAUCGACGUCAUCUUCAGAUCCCAUCAAGGAAAUCUGCCCAAGGACAGCUGGCAGGUGUACUCGGACACGAGUGCCCUGCACUGCCUCGCUCGUGCAACGCGUCUCCAUGCGCUCUUCGUCCCAUAUCGCAAAUACCUGAUGGAUGUCGCGCAUGGGUAUGGAUAUCCGCUCGUUCGCGCUCUCUGGCUGCAGUACCCAGCAGAGCCAAAGGUUGCGGACAUCACGACGCAGGUGAUGUUGGGUGAGGAUGUGCUGUUUGCGCCGGCGCUCAACGCCGACCAAUCCCACGUCAACGUCACGUUUCCACCAGAUGUUUGGACGCACGUGUGGAGUGGACAGGUCAUCAACGCAACCCAAGUCACCACAAAGCCAUUCAAGGCGCCACUCGGAGAACCGCCCAUCUUCUUCCGCUCGAGUUCGCGGUGGCUGCAGCCUUUCAUGGACGGCUUGCAUCAUGUCCAGUCUGUGCACUGCACCAUGUAAUGGACCCAACAACAGUUGACACUGCUGUCUCCGCUGUUCAAGACGUCGUUGCUGCUGCUGUUUGGGCUGCUGUUGCAGGUGCCGUUGUCUGCAACCCCUCCUCACCACUUCCAUCUCAAUUUUAUUGCGGCUGCUGGCCCUGUUCAAGUGAGUUGUUUAUGUCUCAAGCAAAAGCCGCAAGCAGCAAACGACCCACAGAAGAAUUGCAAUACAUUACGCACCAACCAAACGAGUAAAGUCAUCAGGCACACAGG